AUGCAGAAUUUUUCGCAGCACCCACAAUUUACAGAGCAAGAAAAACUGAAAUGCCCUAGAUGUGACUCGAUCAACACCAAGUUCUGCUACUACAACAACUACAAUCUCUCUCAGCCCCGCCAUUUCUGCAAGAGCUGCCGGAGGUACUGGACCAAAGGCGGCGCCUUGAGGAACAUCCCAGUUGGAGGCGGCUACAGGAAGAACGCCAAGCGCGGCUCGGCCGCCGCCGCCGCCAAGCGGUCGGCUCCUCCGGAGGAGAACGAGGUGUCGCUGCUCCAGAAGGGCGACGGCUCAGGUGAGGGGCAGUCUAGUAAUUUGCCGGAGUUUGGUAGGCAGGGAGGGGCGGUGCCCCUGAAGCCGGACAAUUUCGGGCAGGGGCAGUUGGGUAAUUUGACGGAGGCCGCCGCCGGGAUUCGGAUUUUCAAAAUUCCCGAGAUGGGUGCAGCGAUUUAUGUCUGCCUUUCUCGAAAAUCCCGGUGGUGGAGGCUCGUCGGUGACGGCUCGUCUCUUGGCUUCAGACUUGAUCGAACAUCGCCCGAGGGAGAAGGAGUUGCUGUUGUUCGGGACCCCUGGUUCUCCCUUGCUGCACGGCGGUCGGAACUCGCGGCUUCACGGCUAUGGCCAUGGUUGAUCGGACAAGAAUCUGAUGAAGACGUCCCGCGGCUAUGGUGGAUCGACGAAGAGGAUUGA